CUAUGAUAGAUUCCCCUCUGGAUGGACUAGAAUGGAGGCUGAGCCGCUGUCUCCUCCAAUAUCAGGGUCUGACCUCACAAAUGGCUAUAGUUUCCCACAGACCCCUAUAUGAUGCUCUUAACACCCCUAUAUGAUGCCCUUAAGACCCCUAUAUAAUGUUUCUGGAUUUGAAGUUAAAUGGCCACCAAGCUAAUACAGGUGUGAUGUUUAGGGUUCACAUACUUUUGGUUAUAUAGUUUUGGAAUGUAGUGAUGUUGACAUGACAGGAAUACGUUCUGUAUGUUAUAUUUAGGAAGAACAAGGUGCGGUCACAUGACCCAUCACUAAUCUCUUUAAAGUCUUUUACGUGGCUCAGAACAAGUUGAUGUUAUUAGAUUAGAUCUAAUCCCUUCUGUGCUUCACUGUCUGAACAACACUCAGCGCCGAACCGUCCAUCCGAAACAAUCUUAUGUCUCACAGCACCGGAGCCAAGACAUCCAGCACCCCAGAGAAGGGCGGGGCCAAGAGCCACACUGGGGCCAGGAGCAAAAGUGGUGUAGAGGCCGGCGGCAAGAAGGGGGCAACAGGAGGACACGAAGGAGACCACAAAGCUGUAACCGGAGGAGGCCAUGAGAGGAAGAGCCCGCACCACGGCCAUGAGGACAGACACCACGCUAACGGCAGAGGUCACCACAAAGGCAAGAGGGUGAGCGACACCCAGAGCAUCACCACCAAGACCUACUCUCCAUUCCUCAAUGCUCUAUUCAGCAAGGAGAGGGAUUUGGCCCCUGAAGAAAUGGACGAAUUACACGAGGCCUUUCUCGAGUUCGAUGCCGACCAAGAUGGAUACAUCGGCUACAAGGAACUGGGCGAGUGCAUGAGGACCAUGGGGUACAUGCCGACUGAGAUGGAACUGAUCGAGAUCUCCCAGCACAUAAAGAUGAGAAUGGGCGGCCGCGUGGACUUUGAAGAUUUUGUGGAAUUGAUUGGACCCAAGAUGUUGGCGGAAACCGAGAAUAUGGUAGGAGUCCGCGAGCUGAAGAUCGCCUUCAGACAGUUUGAUGUGAAUGGAGACGGCCAUAUCAGCGGCCUAGAGCUACACGACGCCGCGCAGAGUUUCUUGGGAGAAGCGCUGAAUCCCAGUGAAGUCCAGGAGAUCAUCCAUGACGUCGAUCUCAACGGCGACGGCAGAGUUGACUUUGAUGAGUUCGUCAUGAUGUUGUCCUCCAGAUAAGCGACGAAGUUCGUCCGGAUGGACCCGAAAGCUGCGGACGAUCCUGAGGGAGGAGGGGGG